CUUGUCUCGAUCCUCUGCUCCGUGUCCACGGCGACGUCCAUGCUCUCUGCCACCAUGGUGCCACUCCAGCAGGGGGGCGGUCUGUCCGAGUUCUCCGGUCUCCUUAGGAGCUCCGCGUCGCUGCCGAUGCGCUGGAAUGCCACCUCCGACGAAUUCAUGUCCGCCGUCUCCUUCAGGAACCACGCGAUCGGCACCAGCGGCGGCAGGUUGAGGCGGGCGCCGACAGAGGCAAAGCUCAAGGUGGCCAUGAACGGGUUCGGUCGCAUCGGGCGUAACUUGAUGCGGUGCUGGCAUGGGCGCGACAACGACUCGCCCCUCGACGUCAUCGCCAUCAACGACACCGGGGACGUCAAGCAGGCGUCGUACCUGCUCAAGUACGACUCCAUGCUCGGCAUCUUCGAUGCCGAUGUCGAGCCCGUCGGCGACAACGCCAUCUCCGUGGACGGCAAGGUCAUCAAGGUCGUGUCCGACCGCAACCCGAGCAACCUGCCGUGGGGCGAGCUCAGCGUCGACCUCUUCAUCGAGGGCACCGGCGUCUUCGUCGACCACGAGAGCGCAGGGAAGCACAUCCAGGCGGGCGCCAAGAAGGUGCUCAUCACGGCGCCCGACAAGGGCAACAUCCCCACCUACGUCGUCGGCGUCAAUGCCGACCAGUACAACCCGGACGAGCCCAUCAUCAGCAACGCCUCCUGCACGACCAACUGCCGCGUGCCAUUCGUCAAGGUCCUCGACCAAAAGUUCGGCAUCAUCAAGGGCACCAUGACCACCACCCACUUCUACACCUGCGACCAGAGGCUGCUGGACGCGAGCCACCGCGACCUGCGCCGCGCCCGCGCCGCCGCGCUCAACAUCGUUCCCACGUCCACCAGCGCCGCCAAGGCUGUCGCGUUGGUGCUCCCCAACCUCAAGGGCAAGCUCAACGGGAUCGCGCUGUGGGUGCCCACCCCAAACGUCUCCGUCCUCGACCUCGUCGUGCAGGUCUCCAGGAAGACGCUCGCCGAGGAGGUGAACCAGGCGUUCCGCGACGCCGCGGCUAACGAGCUGCAGGGCAUCCUCGAGGUCUGCGAUGUGCCGCUCGUGUCCGUCGACUUCAGGUGCUCCGACUUCUCCUCCACCAUCGACGCCUCCCUCACUAUGGUCAUGGGAGAUGACAUGGUCAAGGUCAUCUCCUGGUACGACAAAGAGUGGGGAUACUCACAAAGGGUCGUCGACCUCGAUGACAUUUGCGCCAACCAGUGGAAGUGAAGCAUGCAUUGCAUUGUAAUAUCCUAUAAGUCACUCUCGACUUCAAAAUUUUCCCCGGGCUAUUCCCGGAUGAUAAUUUAUAAGGGCUACUUUGGGAACCUCAAAUCCCCUUCGGGAUUGAAGGAGAUUGAGGUGGAAAUAAACAUAGC